AUAUGGUUAUUUUCUAUGUCAAAAAAAAUCCAUGCACAUCUCCUUUAAACCUUCCCCCACUCACCUUAAAGCUAUGCGCUUUAGUCUUAGACACUUCCACCCUGGGGAAAAGGUACUGACUGUCUACUCUAUUUAAGCCUCUUCCAAUUUACUAUACCUCUCUCCCAUCUCCCCUCAACCUCUGGCGUUCGAGAGAAAACAAUCCAUUAUGUCCAAAAAUAAAACACAAAAUAUUGGAGUAACUCAGUGGGUCAGGCAGUCUCCCUGGAGAACAUGGUGGCGUUUCGGGUCUGAAGAAGGGUCCUGACCUAUCCGUGUUCUCCCGAGUUCCUGCCUGACCAUCUGAGUUUGUAAACCAGCAUCUGCAGCUCCUUGUAUCCCCAAGUUUGUCCAAUCUCCCCUUGUAGCAAAGAACCUCAAAUCCAGGCAGGAUUCGUAAAGGAUAGAUAUGAUGUCAAAUAAAAUCCCUGAGACUAUUUCAAGGAUGACUUGGAAAGUUCUUCCCAUUUUUCUGUAAAUAUUAAUCCCUUAAUGGAAAAUAAGAUAAUCUACUGUUGAGUUUAAUUGUGUGAAUAACUCGUUAUCACCCAGCCCACAGCCAACAAUGGACCGUUGAGGGCUCCAUCUUUCUUUGAUCAUCGUUACAUUUUUGUAUAUCUUUCAUUCAUUUGUUCUAUAUAUCUCUCUCUCUCUCUCGUUUCCCAUUUCCCUGGUCUCGACCCGAAACCUAUUCCUUUUCUCCAAAGAUGCCGCCUGUCCCGUCGAGUUACUCCAGCUAUUUGUGUCUAUCUUCGGUGGAAACCAGCAUCCGCAGUUCCUUCCUACACAUCUAUUUUUUUUUUAAAUGAUUGAUGGUUGCACAAGUUGUCAUCAUUUGCGGCAAUGACUGUACUUCAAAACCAGGGCGACGUGAAGGGCGUUAAUGCAUUGCAAAUAUUUGUUCUAUUGCAGUAUUUGCUUGUGGAGUGUGGAGCACCCGGGGAGUGGGUUUGUGGACGUGGUGUAGGGCGAGGUGGGACAGCAGAGGGCGACUGCCGCUAGAUGUUAGGCAGAGCCAUGCCUGGGUGGGAAAGUUGUGGUUGAGUCAGUGGGGCGGUGCGAGUAGGACGUCCGGUUUUACCAGCCUGUCCCCCCCUCUCUUCCACCGCUAAAGCCUCGCUCCAGGGAUCAGGGAUUACGUCCAGGUGAACGUACAAGCAGGCUGGGACGAGUCCACCGAGUCCCCAGUGUUGAAGCGACGAGAGGCACCUUUCAGGAGCAGAAGCGAGAGCUCCGCCACUCUCCACACAGGCUGACUCGGGGCAGCCUUACCUGAGCCAGAAGAAGAGCUUCAUUGAAGAGUCUGGAGUGUGGUCUGUGUAAUCCUCUACCUCAGCUUUAGGACACAAGAAAUCAUCCUCCAUUGCUUUGUGUGCCCUUGUCUCGGGCUACAUUGUCAUGGUACGAGCUUUGGAAGGGAAUGCUCAAAUCUUACGGAUUUGUUCUUGAUUGUUUUUAAGUUACUCAUCUCUUUAUUCUCAUCCACCAUUAUCAUUGAAGUGACACCUGGUACCGUGAUGACAACUGGAUCUGUAAUCUUCCUCUGGCUAAGUGCUUGGAUAUUAGGAAACACUUCACGCUGCUCUGGCCAAACCUGCAUGCAGGAGCCCAAGCAUUUUGACUUUGACGUCCGAUACCGAAUGAAAAGCUUUGAUGCGGGGAGUCCGAUCCAGAAUAUCGUGAUGCACUCCGAGUAUCCAGGGAUCUACAUUGCCGUGCGGAAUCGAAUCUACUCUCUCAACUUCUCCCUCCAGAAGGACUAUGAACUGCAGACUGGCCCGGUUGGCAGCCCGGAGUGCGAGAUCUGCAAACUUUGCAACACAAACUGGGAGUCGAGCAUCGACAUGGAGGAUAACGACAAUGUCCUGCUGAUGUUUGACUCGUAUGACCCAGUCCUGUUUAUCUGUGGAAGCUCCCAACACGGCAUCUGUUACAGGCACAACAUCCAAAACAGAAAUGAGAACUUGUGCCUAUUUAAACCGGAAAAUAAUCGUGCUGAAUUUUGCCCAGACUGCAUAGCUAGCCCAUUGGGCACCCAGGUGGUUGUUCAUGAAGAAAGAUUUACCAGCUAUUUGUUUAUUGGUGCCACAGUCAACAGUACCAUUGCAAAAUCUUACAGUCCAAAUUCCGUGUCAAUAAAGAGACUGUUCGGAUCAUUAGAUGGAUUUGAGUUGACUGCUCAAGAUCACUCUUUAACUGUGAUGGAUGAAUUCCUGGACACCUAUCCCAUUGAAUAUAUUUAUUCCUUCCGCUCCGACGAAUAUAUCUACUUUCUCACCGUGCAGAAAGAAUCAAUAGAAUCGAACAACUAUCACACCAGAAUCGUGCAGUUGAAGGCUGGCGAGUACGAAGUGAGGAACUAUCGGGAGAUUGUCCUGGAGUGCCAAUACGAAACGAGGCGGAGGAAGAGGACCCUGGGCGACGGGGACAUCCUAUACAAUGUGUUGCAAGCAGCUUAUUUGGCCAAACCCGGCCCAGACCUGGCCACUGAGCUCGACGUUUCGAUGCAGGACGACGUGCUCUUCGGCGUGUUCGUGGAGAGCGAGCCCAACAGCAGAACGUUGCGGAGGAAGUCCGCACUCUGUACUUUCCCGGUCAAGGCAAUCGCUGAGAUCAUCGAAAAUAGGAUGGCAGCUUGUUGCACAACGUCAGAAGAAUCCCAGUCAAGGGGGCUAAAUUUUUACCAGGAGUUAGAGUACUGCCCUCAUACUGAUGGCAGAGACUGUGUGAACAAGCCGACCAGGAUCUGGCAUGCUUUUAUCCGCUUGGAUCGAUUUGAUGGUGAACUCGAUGAUACCAUAUUGACUUCCAUCUAUGUAACCGUGAUUCAAAAUGCCACUGUCGCUCAUCUUGGGACAUCAGAUGGGAGGAUUUUACAGGUGAUUGUUCAAAGGUCCUUUUAUCCACAUGCAAACUUCAGCCUGAGCAAAUCCGAUCCCGUUUCCCGAAAAGUCAACCAACUGAAUGACUCCGUGCUGUUUGUAACCGGGAAACAGGUGACCCAGGUACCCAUCAAUGGACCGGGAUGUCAUCACUUCUUGACCUGCUACAAGUGCCAGAUGGCACCGUCCUUCAUGAAGUGUGGUUGGUGUGAUAGAAAAUGCACGUGGGAGGAGGAAUGUCAACAAACGUGGGUCCCAGACACUUGCUCGCCUGCUGUUGUUGAGUUUCUUCCCAAAAGUGCUCCUGUUAACGGUGAGACGGAGCUGACACUGUGUGGCUGGGACUUCAAGUCUCCAACCGGCCCCGCGAUAACGGCAGCCUCUCAUGUGGUGCGAGUGGGAACCCGAUCUUGCAGAGUUAUUCCUGAAAGCAGCGAUGCAAGGAGGUUGGUGUGCAAACUGGAAAUUACUGGAGAGACCCAGCUGGCUGGAUCAACAAAGAUUACUAUCACAAUUCAAGAGACCAAGCGCAGCGGAGAAUUCUCCAUCGUCGGGUCCACCUCUAUUGCUGGAUUUGAAUUUGUGGAACCUGUGAUAACUCACGUGGUACCGACGUACGGCCCCCUAGAUGGUGGGACUUUGAUUUCAUUACGCGGGCGACAUCUGACCGCUGGCAACACCCAAAAUGUGACCAUUGGUGGGAAGGUGUGUCGCAUAGAGAGACAAAGUAAUAUAUCCAUAAGUUGCAUAACUCCUAAAAUGGAUGAGUUGAAGGAGGAGUUUCCUGUUGUGGUGAUAGAUGUGGCAAAUGUACCACUCAAGGGCGAUUUCAAGUUCCAGUAUCGGAAGAAUCCUGUGGUCCAUAAAAUGUCCCCAAAUUGCAGCAUCAUACGCGGCCUCAAUGUCACAAUACAUGGGACCAAUCUGAACUCUGUCUAUCAGCCCAAACUUGUAUUUGUCGACGAAAAGGGUGUUAAGUUUGAAAAGGCAUGCCAAGAGCCAAAGUCGAGCGAGGUCAUGUUUUGUCAGACUCCUGCAAUCCAAGAGGAUGAAGCUGAAGGGAAGUUGACCGUGAUUAUGGACGGCGUGCCAAAGCCAAAGACGUUCGAUAUAGAAUACAUGCAGAACUACGAGGUCAUCCCGUUUGAAAAUGAAGAAAAGAUUUGGAAGCUAACGAAGGGUGAAGAUGAGAUUGAGUUACAUCAUGUCAUGCUGCUAAAGUUGAGGGAGUGUUUGAACGUGACACUUACUGUGGGAGACGCUGUGUGCGAUGCAAGAAUCCUGAUGCAAGAGAUCACCUGCAGAAUCCAAACUGGUGUGAUUCCCCAUGAAGGACUUCCAGUCAAGCUGUGGGUGAAUCACGUGGAGUACUUUAUUGGGAUCGUCAUCUAUGAAGAGGAAAGUAUCAACAUGAUUGUGGGCAUCACCAUUGGCACCGUGCUCCUGCUGGCGAUCAUGAUUCUGGUUGUUGUGUUCCUGAUCUACAAGAAGAAAAGCAAAGAGCAUGCAGACUUAAUGAGCCGUUUAGAAGCUUCAGUUAAUAUGAUGUCUCUAAAUACAGUACCACCUGUGCCCACUGACUAUAGGAACAGUCGGUUUGCUAACACACCAACGUCUGGAUCGAGUGGGAUUACAUUCCGGGGAGGCGGUUACAAGAGCUGUUCUGACGGUGCGGCCAUCCCACUGCUCAGUCCGAGAGAAAUUACUGUGGAGAACCUACGGCCAGAGCUUCUGGAAGAAGUCAAAGAUGUUCUGAUCCCAAGCGAAUGCUUAACUGCAUUCAUGGACCAGGUGGUUGGCAAAGGGCAUUUUGGGAGUGUUUACCACGGUCUGUACAAAGAUCAGAACGAAGAGAUUCACUGUGCGGUGAAGUCUUUGAAUCGGAUUUCAGACAUUGAAGAGGUGGAGCAGUUUUUGAAGGAAGGUAUCAUCAUGAAGGAUUUCCACCAUGAGAACGUUCUAUCCUUACUGGGAAUAUUCCUUCCUAAGGAAGGGUUGCCGUUGGUAGUAUUGCCGUAUAUGAAGCAUGGAGACCUCCGCCAUUUCAUCCGCCAUGAACACCGAAAUCCAACAGUAAAGGAUUUAAUAGGCUUUGGCCUCCAAGUAGCCAAGGGAAUGGAAUACCUUGCCCAGAAGAAAUUUGUUCAUCGGGAUCUCGCGGCGAGGAACUGUAUGCUGGAUGAGACAUACGUGGUCAAGGUGGCGGACUUUGGGAUGGCUCGCGAUGUCUUGGACAAGGAAUAUUACAGUAUUCAAAACCACAGGAAGGCCAAGUUACCUGUGAAAUGGAUGGCGUUGGAGAGUCUACAGACGCAAAAAUUCACAACUAAAUCUGAUGUGUGGUCCUUUGGAAUCCUGCUGUGGGAGCUGCUGACCCGUGGAGCACCACCCUAUCCGGAGGUGGAUCCGUAUGACAUUACUAGAUACUUAUUAAAGGGUAGAAGGUUACCUCAGCCAGAAUACUGCCCGGAUGAGCUAUUUGACGUUAUCCUGCAUUGCUGGGAUCCGAAGCCUGAGCUGCGGCCAACAUUUACGGAACUCAUCUAUGAAAUUGAAUCUAUUCAGUCCAUACUGAAAGGAGAACACUACAUCAACUUGCAAGUAAAUUAUGUGAACUUACAGAAUAGCCAGCCUUACCCUGCGGUGGACACUACUGAUGAUGAAGGGGACCAGGAUUCAGACUGAUGACAUUUUGUUGCACUUACUGAUAAAUCUGUGGAGAACAUUGAAUUGAAUUUCAAGAGUACACUGUUUUUAAGCAAUCAUUCACUCGAUUAAGGUACAACUCUGCCUCGUUACUUUCUCUCCUCUCUGCUAACUCAUGUAUCCACCCCAACCUAUAGCAAGGACAUGGUGACUCUUUUAUGUUGUCCAAGCAGCACAUACUUCUGUUCAGAGCUAAAUGAUGGUCCUGUUGAAACAGGGGCAGUAAUAGCCAGUACCUCAUAUUCCGCCUGGGUAGUCUACAAUCCAAUGUAUGAACAUUGAAUUUUCCAAUUUCAAGUAACCCUUCCUAACUGAGUUUCUCCAUCUCUCAAUCUCUCCAUUUUUAUUCCCCUUCCAAUAUACCCUCUCGAUUCCCCCCCACCAACCAUUUUUGUCUCCCUCCGCUCCCAGUUCCCGCCACCUAUUACCCAUACAUUUCAAGCACUACAUCCCAUUCCCCAUUUGGUUCCAUUUGCCCUUCAUCUCUACUUAAUGACUCCCUUCCUCAAUGGAUUCUGGCAGCUGUAGCCUUUGUGUCGCCAUUUAUCACCCUCCAGUAGAUGUCUCCACUUUGCCCUCUGCCUGGAUCAUAUUUAUCUUUGUGUUUCCCUCGUCUGUUUCUACCCAUCACCCACCUACCCUGUCUCCAAAACUCCAACCCGCCUGGCUCCAUCUGCCCCACCUUACUCCACCUGUCACUUACUGAUCCCUGCCCCUCUCAUCUUUAUACUCAGUAUCUCCCUUCUCCACUCUCAGCCCUGAGGGUUGUCCUGAAACCUCAGCGAUUCCUCCACCCCACCUCCACGGAUGCUGCUCGACUUGCUGCGUUCCUUCAGCAGGUUGUUCUAUGAAUCAUCCUCCAGCACUUUCCGCCUCUUGCUUCUGGGAAACUGUUUCUUUAUUGGCACGCUGAAGAGGAAUGGUUUCUGUGCAGAUUCAUUUCCAGCGGCUGUAAUUUAAGUAUUGGGCUCAAGCAGAAAGGCUUGGUUUUUUUUGCUCAAGGUUUUGGCAUCUGUGUCUCUUGUCUCCCCACUUGGUAGAUUAUUGUUCACUGAGUGAAGAAAUGUUCCCGAGCAUCUGUUUUUAAUCUUAUUUCUUGUUUUAUUUGGGAUAGGAAUAUGACAAAUAGUUAAAUCACUGGACUGAAGAGACCCGAUUCAAACCCCACCAAGGUGGUUAACUAAAUAGAUCUGGGAUUAAAAAAAAUGAAUAAAAUGAUGUUGCUUUUGCAAACCCAUCUAUUUAGCCUCUGAUAUUCAGGUACAAGAAUCUGCUGCUCUUGACUUGGUCUGGCUGGCGUAUGAUACCAAAUCCAUUUUAUGAUCUUUAACUGACCUCUUGAACAUACAAAUGUAUGAACUCGGAGCAGGAAUAGAUCGUCAAGAUGGCUCCAUCAUUUAAUGGGAACAUUGCUGAUCUGCCUUGUAACCACAAAUUUGCAUUCUUGUCGACUCCCGAUAACGUUUCAGCGCCCUGCUAAUAAAAAGUAUGCCGCAAAAAUAUUCAAAGACUCCGCUGCCCUCACCUUUUAAGGAAGAGAAUCACAAUGGUUUAUGACUCUUGCAGAGAAACAUGUGCCUUAUUUUCAUCUUAUAUAGAUGACGUCUAUAUUUAAAUAGUUCUAGAUUGACACGCAAGAGGGAACGUUCUCUCCACACUUGCUCUGUCAAGACCACCCAGAAUCAUAUAUGUUCCAAACAACUAAUUUCUUACACUCGCAAACUCCAGCAGAUAGCAAGACGAUACUGCCCAAACUCUUUCCCCGUGAAGCAACACACCCAUUCCAGUUCUGGAAAGCUAUUCAAGAUCUACAAGGGCGUAAAGACACAAAGUGCUGGAGCCUUCUUCUUCUUGUUUCUCCAGCACUUUGCAUAUUUUUACACAAACCAGCAUCUGCAGUUCCUUCUAUCUACAAGAUCAGUGAAGAAUUCCCACAGUGAAUGAAACACAACACGACUCUGAUGCCUUAUAACUCUGCCCUUGUCACUGAUUUAGUAAACAAUGAGCUUUGCAUUUUUGAGCCUUCUGAUUGCACAUAUUUCUUUAAAGCUCUCUGCUCUGAGAGGAAAUGUCUUGGAUUUAACCUCACUGGUGCAGGAUGACAUUUGUUACUCUACUCCGCCAAUUUCCCAAUGGGCAUCUUUGUGCCAGGAUAUUAGCUGUUCUCAUUCAAUAAGCAACCAAAGAAAUUCCAGGUCAGCCAGAGAUUUUGGUUGGGACUUUUGCGAACUGCAGUUUUAACUGUUUGAUUUGCUAAUCUGUACCUCGCAAUCCAUUAAAUCCUCCUUGGAAACUUAACCCCAAAAGGUGCAAGAACACUGAACCUUUAAAAAAAAAAAAUGCUGCCGCCUCCAGACUAAAGUGGACAAUAAAUCAAUAGGAAUGUGUUCAGCAUGAGAAAUGCAAAUAAAUCAGGAAGUGUGUUAUUAAAAAAUGUUUUACCUGUGUUAAAGAGUUACAGACUUAAGAGUGAAUGAUAGUAACUGUGGAAGAGGAUUAUAUUUGAAAUCAAACCCACCUUUAUCUGUAGUUGAUAGAACUGGUAAUCAAGUUGUAUAAAUAGUGCAAGUUGCGAAGAAUACAACGUGUAUAGGCUGUGAGAAUGCAGCAUUUAUUUUUGUACAAUUUUUUUGUAUUUUUAAAUUAUAAUAUUGAUUUUGAAAUUGGACUACUUGAGCGUUUAAUGAACUUGUAUCAAAUUCUUUAUCUCCUGUUUAAUUGAUGGACCUAAAUGGGCCUCAUACUCUCUUGAGUAUAGUGGAUUUUGGACAUGAUUUUGUGUAUUCAAGGCAUUCACAGCAUUUGUAUCAAAUAUGGAUAUGAUUGGGAAUACGUCAUUCUGAUUUUCAUCAACUCUCAACUCUAAAGAAUUUUGAAUAAUUUCAAACUCAAAUAAUAACUUCCUGCCUUGGUCUUUGUUGAAUCACAGACUGAAUGUUUAUGAAAUCAUAUUGGCACGAAACUAAUGUUCCAUGACUUCAGAUAAGUGUUGCAAUGUUUGCCUUAAUGACGGACAAGUCCUAACUUGGACCGAAUGGUGGAAAUGUGAUUUCAGAGCCAAGCUGAGCAUUGUCUGCCUAAACCUUGCUUUUGCACCUGAUAUUCUGAUGAGACCUAGCCCGACAGGGGAAUUAGGGAGAGUUUUAAACAGACUUGAGCAUUGAAUUUUCUUAUAACUUUCAAAAUCUGGUUGUUUCCAAACUCACCACCAUUGUCUGGAGCUAUUUUGAUUCAACUGGGUGUGGACAUGCAGAUAUGGUGAGGGUGGUGGUGUUUAUCUUCUACCUCAGUAGAUCCCAGAUAACAAUAAGGUGGAUGACAAUAGGUAUGCUUGGGAGGAAAGGUUACAGGGAAAUAAAUGGAGGACCGGAAUUGCUCUGAGAACUGGCAUUUUCUCAAGGUCAAAUGUCCUCCCUUUAUGUCAUAGAGUCAUACAGUGUGGAAACAGGCCCUUUGGAAAACUUGUCCACACCGACCAACAUGUCCCAUCUAUACUAGUCCCACCUGCUUGUGUUUGACCCAUAUCCCUCUAAACCUAACCUAUCCAUGUACCUGUCCAAAUUUAUUUUAGAUGUUGCUAUAGAACCGACCUCAACUACGUCCUCUAGAAGCUAGUUUAAUAAACUUACCAUCCUUUAUGUGACUAGUGGGAUGCCGCAAGGCUCGGUGUUGGGACCACAGUUAUUUAUAAUAUACAUCAAUGAUUUAGAUGAAGGGAUUCAAAGUAACAUUAGCAAAUUUGCAGAUGACACAAAGCUGUGUGGCAGUGUGAACUGUGAGGAAGAUGCUAUGAGAAUGCAGGGUGACUUGGACAGGUUGGGUGAGUGGGCAGAUGCAUGGCAGAGCAGUUUAAUGUGGAUAAAUGUGAGAUUAUCCACUUUGGUAGCAAAAACAGGAAGGCUGAUUAUUAUCUAAGUGGUGUCAUGUUGGGAAAAGGAGAAGUACAAUGGGAUCUGGGGGUCCUUGUUCAUCAGUCAAUGAAAGUAAGCAUGCAGGUACAGCAGGUCAUGAAGAAAGCCAAUGGCAUGUUGGCCUUUAUAACAAGAGGAGUUGAGUAUAAGAGCAAAGAGGUCCUUCUGCAGUUGUAUAGGGCCCUAGUGAGACCACACCUUGAGUAUUGUGCGCAGUUUUGGUCCCCUAAUUUGAGGAAGGAGAUUCUUGCUAUUGAGGGAGUGCAGCGCAGGUUCACAAGGUUAAUUCCUGGGAUGGCGGGACUAUCAUGUGCUGAGAGAAUGGAGCAGCUAGGCUUGUAUACUCUGGAAUUUAGAAGAAUGAGAGGGGAUCUUAUUGGAACAUAUAACAUUAUUAAGGGUUUGGACACGCUAGAGGCAGGAAACAUGUUCCCGAUGUUGGGGGAGUCCAGAACCAGGGGCCACAGUUUAAGCAUAAGGGGUAAGCCAUUUAGAACGGAGACGAGGAAAGACUUUUUCACACAGAGAGUUUUGAAUCCGUGGAAUUCUCUGCCUUGGAGGGCGGUGGAGGCCGGUUCUCUGGAUACUUUCAAGAGAGAGCUAGAUAGGACUCUUAAAGAUAGCGGAGUCAGGGGAUAUGGGGAGAAGGCUUGAAAGGGGUACUGAUUGUGGAUGAUCAGCCAUGAUCACAUUGAAUGGCGGUGCUGGCUCGAAGGGCCGAAUGGCCUACUCCUUCACCUAUUGUCUAUUGUAAAAGUUGCCCCUCAGGUUCUUAUUAAAUCUUAUUAACCCCCCCCCCCCCCCCCCCCCCCCCCCCCCCCCCC